AUGGUCCGCCACAAAAAAGACUUCCACGGCAAAGGCAAAAAACACACCAUCGGCGCCCGCACUGAUCGCGCAGAUGGCUCCAGCACAAGUAACGGCCUCAAGAAACCCUCCUUCAAAGCCGCCGCCUGGGACCUCAACCACUGCGACGCAAAGCGCUGCUCAGGCAAACGCCUCAUGCGCCUCGGCCUCAUGCGCGAACUCCACGUCGGGCAAAAACACCCCGGCAUCGUCGUAAGCCCGAAAGCCAAAACCCUCGUGAGUCCCGCGGACAGAGGAAUUCUCGAACAAUACGGCGCAGCGGUGGUAGAAGCUUCAUGGAACCGAAUUGAGGAAGUGCCGUUCGCGCGCAUCGGGGGUCCGAACCCGCGCCUCCUGCCGUACCUUGUUGCUGCGAACCAGACGAAUUACGGGCGGCCUUGGAGGCUGAAUUGCGUGGAGGCGCUGGCGGCUACGUUUGCGAUUUGUGGGCGGAUGGAGUGGGCGGAGGAGAUUUUGGCGAGUUUUUCGUAUGGGCGCGCGUUUUUGGAGAUUAAUGCGGCGGUGUUGAGGAGGUAUGCGGCUUGUAAGGAUGAGGAGGAGGUGAAGAGGGCGGAGGAGGAGUGGUUGGCUAAGUUGGAGGAUGAGUGGAAGGGGGAUCGGGAGGAGAGGGAGGAGAACAAAGAUGAUGCGUGGCGGGGUGGGAAUUUGAAUCGAAGGGUGCUGGAUGUGGAGGGGAGUGAGGAUGAAGAAAGGGACGAGGAUGACGAGGACAGUGAUGCGAGCAGGGAGGAAGACGAUCCAUUCGGGCUACCGCCCUCCGACGAUGAAGAAGAAAUGGCGGAACUCAGGCGGAAAGUCCUGGCUUCCAAACCCUUCGCGAAUCCCCAGCCUGUCCCCGACAACGACGACAGCCGCACAGCACCCGAGCGUAUCCAACGACCCGUCGAGACGCACACAAAUGGACAUGCGGCUACCUUACCGGAAGACUCGGACGCCGAGUCUGGUUCGGACGUGGGUGGGAUUGAUGAUGACGAGUUCGACAAUAUCAUGAAUGCGGCGCCCAUCACGGACCGCACGGGCAUCACGGCGGCGCAGCGGAAGCGGGCGAUGGAGAAGGAGGGGAAGUUGAGUGCGACGUUUAGCAGGAACGUUCUCCAGGCCGCGCCGAGGAGGUGA